CAAACAUCCAUCUCCGUCCUGUCAUCCACUCCACUUCACAGGAUGAAUCUGGUCGCAAGCACCGAUGCGAGCAAACUGCGCAAGCCAACUUGUCGCACUCUCCCCUUAAUGCCCUCCUGAAUCGCCUCUUCCAUUGGCACAAGUGCCACCCUCCAAUCUCGCCAUUUACGCAAUGGCCGCGGAUUCUUCUCACCAACAGCCUGCCGAAGGUCCCCAUGAAAUCCCCGCCGGGCCGUUCUCCUCAGGCGCAAAGCAUCUACGCAUGCGAACGAACACGGCCGAGAUAGAUAGCACAAUCAUUCAUCCUGGCUCCGUCAAGAUCAAUGUUCAGGGAGCCUUCAUUGUCGACCAAGACUCCGUCUCUCCCAAUGGCAGAAACACACAUGGUGGGAGUCAUGAUACGAAGGACAUCCGAUUACCGAAUCAUACUGCUGUUGUCAGUCAUAUAGCAGUGGAUGUACGUUUUCGGUUAUCCCGCUGCUUCCAAUUCUACAUCGGCUAACAUCCUGUUAGAUAGGGGGCUCUCUUGCCAAAUUGGUUUAUUUUUCCCGCGAACCGCAUUCUCGUGAACCCGGUGGACGAUUGAAUUUCAUGAAUUUCGAGACGGACCGAAUCGAUGACUGCGUGGAAUUCAUGAAACAAUUGAAAUUAGAGCAACAAAAACUCAAUGGUUCCCGACCUGGGGCCUUGUGUGUUAUGGCUACUGGUGGAGGAGCGUUCAAAUUCUAUGACAAAAUACGAGCGGCGUUAGGAGUAGACGUUUUGCGGGAAGAUGAAAUGGAGUGUUUGAUAAUUGGUACCAAUUCGUACACACUAGUUCAAACAUCGCAUUUUUACUAACCCGGAAAACAGGGUUGGACUUCUUCAUAACCGAGAUUCCACGAGAAGUGUUUACAUAUAGCGAAACAGAUCCGAUGCACUUUACAGAUCCCCGCUCUGAUAUCUACCCAUACCUCCUUGUUAAUAUUGGCUCUGGAGUAAGCAUGAUCAAAGUCUCAGGGCCCCGAGAGUAUCAACGUGUGGGAGGAACUUCUUUAGGAGGAGGAACACUCUGGGGUCUCCUAUCCCUUCUCACCGGCGCCAGAACCUUUGACGAAAUGUUAGGAAACGCCGAGCGAGGAGACAACGUCAAAGUCGACAUGCUCGUCGGUGAUAUCUAUGGAACCGACUACGGAAAAAUUGGUCUCAAAAGCAGCACAAUAGCUUCGUCCUUCGGAAAGGUCUUCCGCAUGAAACGAGAAGCCGAGCAAGAAGCAGAAGACAGCGGCGGUCUUACAAACGGCGACAACGCAUCCGCCUCUUCAUCCCCAGGUUUAGAAAGCGAACAUAAAGCUCCUCCUGAGCCUCCGUUCUCUUCCCCUGAUAUAUCUCGUUCCCUACUCUAUGCAAUAUCGAAUAACAUCGGACAAAUCGCAUAUCUCCAAUCGGAAAAACACUCUCUAUCCACAAUUUACUUUGGUGGAUCUUUCAUCAGAGGCCAUCGACAAACCAUGAACACUCUCAGCUACGCUAUCAAGUUUUGGAGUAACGGCGAGAAGAAAGCUUAUUUCCUGAGGCAUGAGGGGUACCUUGGUGCCGUGGGAGCAUUCUUAAAAAGACAACCCCGGAAUUGGGGGCGAAGAGGGAGUUUUGAGGAAGGCGUCGAAUUAGGCACAGAAGCCAGGGCAGAAGUGCGAGCUUCUGCUUCUGGAGAGGGUAGUGUAUAGACCUGGGCGGUUUUGUUUUGUUUUUGGAGGCUGGUGUGAGAGACCAGACCUCGAAUAGCUCAAAGGUGUGGUUUCGAAUAUUCAAUUAAGAAGUGCGUGAAGAUUACAUACAUGCGAGCUCUUCCUCUAUAUAUGGAGAGGAAGAGCUUCCUGAAUAUUCCAAGAAACUUGCAAGAAACUUGAAUGACGAAUACAUGAUGUCAGAAGAACAAAACAAGAAAGUGUGGAAAAGUAGAAACCUGUUUGGCAGUGGGGUAAUGGCCAGUGCUAAGCAGGGACUUUGGUCAGUGCUCAACGAGGACUUUGGUCAGUGCUCAACGAGGACUUUGGUCAGUGCUCAACGAGGACUUUGGUCAGUGCUCAACGAGGACUUUGGUCAGUGCUCAACGAGGACUUUGGUCAGUGCUCAACGAGGACUUUGGUCAGUGCUUAGCGAGGGCAUGGCCCGAGCCUCCAUCAUGGGUUCCAACCCUCACAGCUGGGUAGAAAGAAAGAAAAGUAUGUUGAUACAGAUUAUCAUGGUUCCGUUAGGAGAAGGGGGAGAGAUUUGGGACUUUUAUCUUGCAUUUUUUUUUGGCGUAGUAGGUAUACUUCCAGAUGUUUUGACAAAGGUCCAAUGAACCAGUCAGGUUAGAUAUUAGAAAUAGGAAAUAAUUCUGGAGAGAGA